AGAAAAAUAAUCAUAAAAUAUUGAUUUCAAAAUCUUGUUGGCGGUUAUAUAUGAAUAAUGUGUACCUUGUUUUACUUUCCUUCAUUUUAUUUAACUCAAACUAUGUGAUUUUAAUUUCUUUCUUAGUGCGCAUGAAUUAAUCUAAUUAACAGGCCAAACGGGUGUUUAAGGCGCAUGCGCGGCUCGCAGGUGUGAACCAGGUGAGUCUGAUUGCAGUUGCUGAAAACGAGCGGAGAACAAGCGGCGUCCGGAUCCUGUCAGCGCAGAGAAACAGAGUCGAACCUACUCCCGGAACAUGGCGCCGCUGGGUUUGAAGCUGAUCCUCAUCGGCUUCAUGUGUCUCAGAGUUGAAGGAAGCUGCAGCGUGGAGAACUGCAGCGACCCCCGGACCUGCGUCCUAUCCGCGGACCGGAGGAGUUGCCGCUGCGCCGCGGGACUCUACGGCUCGAACUGCGGACACAGCGCGCAGCUGAAGGUCCUGUGCGGCAGAGACUUCAUGAGCAUCCGGGCCGCCGAGGAUUUCUUCUCCUACCUGAAGGUCCCGCUGGAGUCGCUGCACCUGCCGAACCGGUCGUGCCGGGCCCAGAGGGAGGUGAUCGCCGGGACGCCGUUCUUCAUGUUCCGGACCUCCAGGGAGAAAUACCUGGCCUGCGGAGGGAAACCGCUGCAGAAGAACUCGACCCACCUCCUGUACUCCCUCACGGUCCAAUCAGAACCUCAGGUCAGCGGCAACGUUAUCAGAGACCCGGCCAUUAAAAUGGACUUCACCUGCGUCUACCCGAACCUGCGCAGGGUCAGCCUGCCGUUCCCGGUCCAGCCCAUCUCCAGCCAGAUGGUGAUGCAGGUGGAGGAGACGGACGCCACCAUCCGGAUGUUGCUGUUCGCCGACAGCAGCUUCAGCCGGGCCUUCAGCGGCACGCCGACCAUAGAGCUGCGGGACCCGGUGCAUGUGGAGGUCUCUGUGGCCGAGCCUGCGGACUUCUUCCUCCUCCGGGUCGACGACUGCUGGGCCAGCCGGUCCCCGCAGCCCAACGCCACCGGACUGCUUCACAGCCUCGUCCAGAACGGCUGCGUGGCCGACCCCACCGUGACCUUCCUCCCGCUGGCUGAGGACCGGGCCGGGCCCAACGGCCGAAGCUCCGGGGUCCGGUUCCGCUUCCAGAUGUUCCGCUUCACCGCUGGACCCGCCGAGUUCUACCUGCACUGCAGCGUGCAGCUGUGCGAGCCGGACGACCAGCCGUCCUGCCUGCCGAGCUGUGGCGCCAUCAGGAAGCGGGAAGCCGUCAGGCCGCUUCCCAGCCGCGGUCUGCUGUCCUACGGACCGAUCCGGGUCAAGGUUCCGGACCAGCCCGUGUCCAAUGUUCUGUCGGCGGCGGUUCUUCCUGUGGCCGCAGUCUGGACGCUGGGCUUCUUCCUCACCCUCCUCAUCAUCGUGGCCAAGGCCGGCAGGAGACGGGUCCCCGAACCCGACGGCCCCUGACGGCAGGAAGCUCCAAUAAACCCUCUUUCAUCACUUCCUGUUUUCCUCCUGUUCACAGCAGCUUUUUAUAAAACUCAAAAUACUUUCAA